AUGGUCAACAGAGGCGCCUCGACUGGCUGCAUUACGUGCAGAGAGCGGCGGGUCAAAUGUGACGAACAAAAACCCAAAUGUAAGGAAUGUCUCCGUCUGGGACGCGAAUGUGCCGGCUACGGGAGGAGGAGCACCCGGGUGAGAUUCAAGGAUGUCACUGCUCGGUUUUCAGGAAAGUCUUCACGAGGAAGCUCACGGGAAGGCUCACGCAAUGGCAACAGCAACAGCAACAGCAACAGCAAUGGCGGCAGCGACCGCGACUCCCCUCUGAGAACGACAACCACGAUCGUACCGACUGAGGCCGGGAGCACCUCACACCCUAGGACGUCAUGGUCCGACGACGCCAUCUUGCAGGGCCCACCACAAGUCCAGCAAGACUAUGCCGUCGACUUCUUCCUCACCUAUGUCACCCACAUAGGCCGGAGCAAGGAGUCAACCCGGGGCUUCCUGGAAUUCAUCCGUCCCGCGCUCGCGACUGAACGCCCCGAUUCGGCCCUGUCCACUGCCGUCAACGCUGUGGCCAUGAAGCUAUGGGCCUGGCUCAAUCACCCCAACGUCGAUCAAACAAUACCAGGAAAACUGCUCGGCCACGCACUGGUGCGACUGCAAGAUGCCGUCGAAGACCCCGAGGAACGGGCACGUGACACCACCGUGCUCGCAGCCCUGUUGCUCCAGAUGUACGACACUUUGGCAGCGGUAUUUGACCAGCAAAGAGCCCAGGGCACCCAUCGUGAGGGAGCAUUGGCCCUACUCCUGACCCGAGCAGACGGCGAGAAGCGCUCCAAGUUUUUUGCCAACCUUGCCGGGAAUAUUUUGCACGCCAAAGUCUCCAUGUGCGUCAGAGAAGGGGUGCUGUUGCCUCCCAACGAACUCGAAUGGCUCGAAACGCAGGUGAUUCCGAUCGUGCCGAUGAACCCGAGCACGCUGCUUGAUAUAAUUGGCCUCGACGUUGCCAAAGUCCAGCAUCUUUACUCCGAGGCAAAGCAAGCUGAAGACAUCACGUCGUCGAGCGCACCGACCGAGCUAUUUGAAAAUAUCCAGGCUGUGGAUGCACAACUCAAACAAUGGCUGGAGGUCGUGCCACAACAUUGGUACCCCUUUAGAGUACACACUGGCAGGGAUAUCGACCCAUCCAUUGCCACAUAUCAGGGCGCCUGUGAGGUCUACCCGAGCGUUCAGGUCGCUAACAUUUGGAACGCAUGGCGUAUCUACCGUCUCAUCGUCGAAAAAAUCAAACUCCAGCUCAGCAACAGCGGCUUUGCCUUCGUCGCUCCAGCUCGAGCAUCGGUCCUACGCAACGACCUCGACACCCGCGAAAUCCAAGACAUCACUGACGGCCUCUGCCACAGCAUCCCCUUCUACCUCGGCAACCGCACCUCUCCGGUCGUCAUGUCCGACAUGGACGACCCGCACCUCACCUUUCCCACCUUCCAUGACGUGCAGCAGACCACGACCGAUGGCCAACGUGCGUUCCUUCAAUACCGCGCCAGCGACCACCAUGUCUCCCGACUCGACCAUGCCCGGCACGUCAUCCUCCAAGGACCCUUGCACAUGACCAUCAUUCUGUCCCGCAUCAUUGACAUGCUAUUUGCAGAAGACGAGGACAGCGGAGAGCGUGGUGGUAGUAGUGGGAGUCUGCCAGCGGGAAACCCCACGACUGCCAACAACCAGAAGCCUCUGCGGCCAGAGCAGGAGCAGUGGAUCUCGGAACAGUUCCUCCGCGCGCUCUACCUACUACGACUGCUGCCGGAAAGUGCGCGUGUGGUGUCACCCGAAAACGACACGAAUGUGGAUGACAAGAACAAUCAAAUUCCAACGGUAGCGGCAGCAGCGGCAGCAGCAUCACAGUCUGCGCAAGCGGCACCCAAUAAAAUCUCAAAGGCUAGAAUUCUGGCCAGCGCGUUGAGGCGAGGGUUGUGGACGUUGACUGUCCUGUGA